AUGGCAUUCCCCGACCGUCAUCAGGGCAUUGGCCACGCCAUCGCACUAGCAUAUGCUGCGCAAGGUGCGCAUCUGGCCUUACAUGCUCGAUCUACAGACAAGCUACAGGCCGUGGCAAAGGAAGCUUCGAGUAUAGCGAAGCCGAAAGGAUAUGAAAUCACCACCACAGCGGCGAAGGACCUGAGCGUAGACAUCUCUGGUGGCGCUACCUUUGAUAUCCUAAUCAAUUAUGCAGGAUUUGCCCUAGGCGCACCUGCGACGUUCCACGAACAGAGCAUUGAAGACAUCAGUACCAUGAUUCAGACCAAUAUCUUCGGCUUCAGGGUCGCUGCUAACGCCAUGCUCAACGAAGGUGGUAUGGCGAAAGCGAAACAUGGUACAAUCAUCAACGCCACCAGCACAACAGGUCUUGAAGUCCCACCUCUUCCUGGCGAGGCGGUCUAUCACUCCAGCAAAGCCUGCCAGGAGGCAUUCUCGAACGUCCUUCGCAACGAGACGGUGGGAACCAACGCACGCAUCUUGACCCUACGGCCUGGUGUUGUCCAGACGAACUUCCAUGAACAACGUGUCGGUUAUGACCAGGGGCAGUAUGAUGAAUUCAUAGAUGGCAUCGAGGCUCUUGUCGCGGAAGAUGUGGCAAAGGCUGCGGUGUGGAUGGUACAGAGUGAAGAACGUGUGAGUAUUAGGGCACUAGAUGUGAUCCCGAGCAGUCAGAGGACUCUACGAUUGUUUGAUCGGGACUGGGAGAAGAGGAACAAGUAG